UGACAACGUGUAUCCUAAUUUAUAUAAUUUUGCUAUCAGAUAAUCAUUUCAUACGAUUUUAACUACUUGUGUGUAUUUUUAUAUUUCCAUUUUACCUCCCUAAAAUUAUUUAAGUUCGUAGACCUUAUGUCAGCGUCGUAUCCCCUGUCAACGCGAAAUCAAAACAUUCUAAUGUCGCCUACUGGGUGUAUCGACAGAAACUUUCCUGAUUAAACAUUCAAGGCGGUUUGAUAAGCACAUGAUACUUCCAUUAUGGUUCAUAAGAAGUCAACAUAUCGUUUAAUGUACAAGAAUUAUGGGGCAGAAGUAAGAAGAGAGGUUUGGCAGGAAAAUAACAGCCUUCGGUUACGACGUCGUGAAGAGGAAAUGUCACAUCACUCAAUUGAAGAAACUGAAUCAGAAUGUGAAUGUGAUACUAGUGAGGAAGAAGAAUCAAAGAAUGAGAAGGAUGCCAGAGGAGUAAGCUCAUCUUCUGUGAGAGGCAUACUGAGUAAAUCCAUAGGAAAUGUACAUCGACAAACAUCUGAGGAAACUGCCAAUGCUAAUGUUGCUGCUACUACCUUGCAUAGUCAUUAUAACAACCAAGACAGCAGUGAAGACUUGAAUGGAAAAGAAGAACACCAAGAUGUUAAUCCUCAGUCAAGGAGAAAUGUUCAGAGUGGGAAAGAACAGUUGGGGGUCAUGCGAAUGGGGUCAAGGGAAUAUGACCUCCUUCCAGUUGCUAGAGAUGAAGAAGAAAUGAGGCCCAAGUCAGCCCCAUCAGCAAAAACUGGAAUUUGUCGAAGUUCUAGAUACCCAUAUACGACACAGCUAACGAGGACCACAAGAAAGAACUUUCUUGAGCGCAACAAAAAUACAUAUGUUCCUUCUGGAACUGGAUGCAAAGUAAGGAGAAUAGGAGACAAAACAUCAUAUAACGUCCGUCUUAAUAAGGAUCAGGUUCAGCAUACUGCUCUAAGGGCCUCUAGUUUACGAAACCGAGAGAUUGAGAGUUUAUUGAAGAAACAGCAGAAAUUGACCCUGGAUGAUUGGCGAGAGCAGAACAAUGUUGUAGAACCUGUAAACCAUUCUAGUGUUUUUGCAGAUGGUAGCAAAAAUAUCUUCAAGUCAAAAUCUAGGCCGAGAGAAAAUCUUAUUCAUGUUCCAAGUAGAGUUGAAGUAUUCUCAAAUUACUGUAAACAUUGUGGAGGAAGAAAGUAACGAUAGUACAGCAUAAAUGAUUUUAAUCUUAGCAGUUUUUAAUUCAGGGUAAAUAGAAAAGGUUAUAUAUUGCAGUCAGAUAUCUUGUAUAUGUGACUACUUCAGCAAUAUUAUAUUUUUAGUCAAAUAAUAAGAUAGAACCAGUUUUUUGAAGACCACAGAAUUAUAUGAUAUUAAUUGAUCUCUUGCAAACUUGAUAAUGCAUCCCUGUAUAGAAACACAUUAAGAUUGUCUUUGAUAGUAUGUAAUAUGAACAUCGAAAUUUUUAGAAAAUCUAAUCAUCCCAUCUUAUCCAGCAAUGUGUAAUUCAUGUUAUAUAUUUAUUGAAAUAUUUUUAGGAUGACUCAUAUGGUCUUUGAUAUUUUAUGAUACAUGAAAUAUCAAAAGGUAGUUCAUAUUUAGACAGUUAUUUUUAGUAUAAUUCCUUUUUGUAAAUAUCUAAGUAGAAACUCGUAAUGAACAUCAAAAAAGAAUUCAAACCAAUAACAAACAGGCAUCUAUAGAUUAACUAAUGAGUUGCUACUGAUGCACAUUCAAGAGAAACUUAGCGAUUCUGAAUUAAUGAAAAAGGAAUUUUAUAUAUAUACAUAUAUUUUUUUUUGCUAAACAUUGAUCUAGAUGGAAAUGAAACAGCAGGCUUAAUGGUUUUAGCUAAUAUACAGAUGAUUUAAUAGCAAUAUUUGAGGAUGUUGCAACAGUUAUCAGUGCUCUGCAGCCUUUAGUGCCUGAUAUAUAUCUCUUAUUUUUGGAUUAAGGGACACCCAUUUUUGUAUUUCAAAGUCCUUAGGUGGCACAAAUAUAGUGUUUGAAGAACAGUAUUCAUAGCGACAAAUGCAGAAAAGUUAUGAAUGGGAAUUAAUAUUUUCACAAUACAAGAGAUGUAUAUAACCGGUUUCUAAUAUGUCUUCGUCAGAAAUUCAUGUAUUUCUGAUGAAGAUGUAUUUGAAACUGUUAAAUACACCUUGCAUUAUGAAAAUAUUUAUUGUCAUUCAUACUUUUUAUACAUAUUAUAUGACUUUGGGAUCAAUACACAUUAACAUUAAGAUGCUCAAAAUGUUUACUUACUCAACUACUAGUGUCUGCAAAAAUUUUAGGAUUCUGUCUGGAAUGUAUAACAUGUUGAAAUAUGUGUAGUAAUUGGAUGUGAAUUCUUACCUGAAUUAUGUUUCCAUCAUAUAUCAGGCAGUUGGUAAGAUGUAAAACAGGAAAAAGUUUGCUGAGCAUUAUGCUUUUAUUUGUUGUUUUGUUAUCUAAGAACAGAGAUGAGAUAGAUAUUUCAAUUGUAUUUUUGUAUAUUUAUUUUUUUGUGCCAUUUUGAUGUUUCUGUUGAUGCGGUUAAUUGCUUGGAGAUUGUUUUAUAUUAAGUUUUAUUUAGGUUUUAACCUAUUGGCAUCUGGACCAAAUGCUGUCCAUUGUGGUUUUGUUUUAUUUGCCAGAACUUAUGUUUACACCAAUCAUUGCAUUUUAGGGGUAAAAAGAAAAGAAUUUGUUACUGCCUUUGCCAUUACUAAUGGUAUUAUUUUAAUUAUUAUUGUUAUCUUAUUAACAAAAGGAAAAGUGAUAAACAUAAAAUCUUUCCUUCCAGAAAUCAGAGGGAUAGGGUAAAUAGCUUCAGUUUGGUAUGUCUAGUGAUGAACUCCUUGGUAACUUAGCAAUUCUGGAGCCAUCUGUAUAACAAAAGGAAACAAAACCACACUGGACAGUCCCUAUAUACAUGCACUCCUGACAUCAAUGAGUUAAAUGUCAAUCCAUGACAAUCUUUAUAAUCUUUUUUUGUCUUUUCAGAAUGAAUUUUUCCAGAUCUUUUUUGACUUGGUUUGGUCAUUGCAGACUUUUUAUAUGUUUUAUUUUAUUUUUUUUUCAAUAUCAAUUUUAUUGAUAGAUGAUGUUUAAAUGUUUUAUGUGAGUAGCUUAUUUCUUUGUGAGGUAAUAUGCAUGUGUUUGUUGAAUUAUGUUAAGAAAGUAACUUAGACCUCAUGGAUUCAAGGGAACAAAUAUUAUAUAUAGAUGAAAUAAUGCCAAUAGAAAAUUCUCUCAAGGCAUGCAUUGGUUUUCUUUUCAGCCAUUCAUUCAAAAAUGGUUGAGUUGAAAGUAAACUUAAUGCAUUAUCUUUUGCUGAAGGUGACAAUAGGGUAAACUGGUCUCUAUUUUAUAAAGGUAGACCUUCUGUGCUAUAGUACGCUUUGUCUCUUGUGCUGAUGAUACGUCAUUUUCGUAAGAUGGUAUGCAGUAAAGAUUUUUAUAACUUGGCAGUUUGGUAAGAAAAACGGUAUGCUAUUUAGAGAGCUAUGCUUACUUUUGAAGUUCUACAUCUUUGGUAACUUUUUAUCAAGAAAUAAAUUGGUUCACUUUCAAUUUCAUGAUUUUAUCCACAAUUUUCGUACUGGUUUGUUAGAUUUCUUUUAACUCAGUCAUGCUUAAUUCUUGAUGGUUUAAUGCUAGUCAUUUAUGUAGAUUGCAGAAGUAUCCAGAGAGGAAUAUCCUUUAGAAUAAAAUUUUAAUUGGUAGAAUAGGUUAUAUUGUGCACGCUUUGUGUUUCCCAUCACAGGGUAGGCAGCCUUUCCGGAGCAGAACCUUCUCUUCCAGGAUGAUUCCUUAAUGUUUUAUUUUAUAUGUUUGUGUUAUUUAUAGAAUAACUAAAUGCAAGCGGGAUUUCUUCAGUGAUUCAUCCAAGAGUAGGCAUGAAAGCAUAACAUUUGAUCCAGAAAUGUUUUAGGGACUUGCCUACCCUACGAAUGCAGAAACACAUGUUAAUUUUCUUAGUCACAAUUUAGUUAUUUUUUACAUGUGAUAUCUAUAAGUUUAUUUUUUAUACACAAAAAACAUUGGACAUCACUUACCUUGCUUUGUUGCAACUGAACAAUACUGGUGACCUUGCAAUAUUUGAUAUUGAGCUUUUUAUUUGUGCUACCAUUAGUACAUCAUUGCAUUGUUGAGUAGUACUGGAUUGAUGGCACCCCAAGCAAGUGGCAUAGCCUUUUUGUGAAUUUCUCAAUUAUGAAUGAGUUUUUUUUUUUAUUCAUAUUUUUUCAGGAAAGACAUAAUGCCCUCCUUCUGUUCAGUUUUUACUUUCAUUGCUGUAUGAAUUUUCAAAAUAGUCCCUUGUUAAAUAUAGAAAAUUUAUUUUGGUAUAGAUGUUGACUUUCUGGUAUAAGUAUAUCAGAAUCAUAUUGAUCAGCUACUGUAAGAAUCCUGUUAAUGUGCUGAUAUCCACUGUACAUGGCUUAUGAGAUUAAUUUGCUGCUAAUGAUCUGAUCUGUCGAGAUAGUUUUUCAAUAUGUUAAUUAUGACUUAAUUUAGAAAAUGUCAGUUUAAUCUAUAUGUAGCAUAUUCUUUUGUGAAUAUUGUUAGAUAUGUGUAAACUAGGCAUUUGAUGAUGGCUUCAGCUUCAUCUAAUGCUCGGUGCCUUUUGCUUCAGCAGUGGCCAGUUUCUUAUAGUUCAUACAAUUACUAUGUAAAACAUUCCUAUAGGUUUAUAUGUAAAGGUAGAUAUGAAUUGAUAUUCUCACUCAUUCAUUCUCAUUCCAUACUCAGUGGUUCUUAUAUUCCACCUCACUCACUUAUUAACUCAUUUCAUUGUCACAAAAAAUAUGCACAGGUAGGUAAACAUGCUUACUCAUUCACACUUCACUCUCAUUCUCUAACAUUCACUCUUGCUCUCUUACUCUCUCUCUCACAUUCACAAAGAUGCACACGCACACUCUCCCCACACUCACUCUUACACACACUCACAC